UGAAGAGAGAUGGUUUCCAGAGAAAACAGGCUACUCUCUUGAUGACUUCUGCCAAAAGGUGAAGCUCCAGAGAGUCUAUCUGCUGUGGAAAGCAAGGCUGUGCGAGCAUCACAGAGCCAAUUCUUUCUCUCAGGCUUUGGAGCAGUGUAGACUCCAAAAAGCUCUGAAAUUGUGGCACCAAAAGUGUCACAUACUGAAGACAAUUGAACAAAGUCCUAAGCACUCUCACAUGACUGUCUAUGAAGAACCUCUUGCUGUGCUGUGUUCUGAGGACCUCUCAACAUCAUCUGGCUUUGACAGCAGUGCUUCAGCAACUCUGGCCUCUCAAAGCUCGCUGGAAAAGGAAUACAGCUAUAGUGACAGCAGCCAGCAGGGCUUCUCCUCUGUUCUGACUGUUGAGGAUGUCACACACAUACCCUAUUACAGUUCUUUCCUGCAACCACACCAGUGUGCAGAGCUGCCAGCUGAACUGGGUGGGGAGCUGUGCUUGCAGGCCUCCUUUCCUCCAUGGAGUACUGAAUCUGGGUGAGUUGGAGAUCCUUAGAACUAACUAACUAGAGUUGGAGAUUAGUUGGGAUGCUGGUAGCAGAGGUCCCUUGUUUGGUCUGGUUGAAUUCUUUCCUUUUGGAUAGUACCUCAUGUCACCUUACACCAUCCUUUUGGAUGCUUUAUCCUCUUCUUUCUUUCCCUCUUCCCCUGUCUCUUGUCUUGCGGAAGAAAUUGGUUUGCAGGAGGUCAGUUCCAGUCUUUGGCACUGCAGAGUCCAGAUAAUAACGUCCAGCUUCAAAACAGUCCUACAUGGGAAGAGGACUGCAGUUCUGACAAGGAGGUGAAGAGUUGCUGCCACCAAGCAGAGAGGUGGUUCCUGCAGAGGUACUUCAUUGUCUGGUCAGCUCGGACUCAGCAACAUGUGAAGGCUCAGCAGCACUGCAGGCUCACUCAGGUGUCUCGAGCCUUUCUCAGCUGGCACCACUGGACCGUGGAAAAUAGGAACCGAAAAGCAGCAGCAGCAGCUCUAAAACAUGAAGUUCAUUGCUGCCAGGUGGCUUUCAGCCUCUGGAAGAAGAGACUGGUCCAGAAAGUGGAGGCUGACCGGAGAUUCAGGUGUCACAUUCGCCAGAUGACUGCUGAUGCUCUGUGGCGUUGGCGUUCCUGCUGGCAAAGGAAGCGUGCUGUGAGAGAGCUGCAGCAGCAAUGGGCUCAGCACAGCUGUCAGGAGAAGAAGAGGUUGGUCCUGCAGACAUGGUAUUGCCAAAUGAGGAAGCAGAAAUAUGCUGCUUUGUUUUGGGAACAUCUUCUCCUACACAGAUGCUUGGUCGCCUGGGCCCAUGUCACUGCUUGUAGACUGAGGCAGCACGAAGCCCUCUCUUGUUUUAGAAGGGUCAGAGAGCACCGUGUUCUGGCUGUCAGCUUUACUGAGUGGAGGGUGAAAUUCUUGAGAGCUGAACAGCGGGUACUGGGACAGAGAAAGCACAAGUGGCAGGAAGCCUCUCAGGGCAAAGCCUGUCACCGCUGGCGACUGGCCUCGAGAGGACGGCAAGCUCUGCACCUAGGAUCUGUGGCUACAGUAAAACAAGCCUGCAACUACUGGACAAAAGCAGCAGCCUUUUCCCAGUGCUCACGGCAGUGCAGUACCCUGAUAGGUGCUAGGAAGAGCAGGAAGAUGUCUCUGUCUUUGGCCAUGAAAAGCAGAAGAGACAGGGAAGAAGGUUCAGCAUCUGCUGCCCCUCUUGGGCUUUUUCCCAGUGCCAUUCACCGCUGGCUGGUGAUGUACAGGAACCAAAACAGAGCUGAAAGGCUGCUGCUCCCUCACCUGGUAGAGAGACCUGGUGUGGUAGGACCCUCUCCUACGCUUGCAAGGAUCCAGGAGAACAAAGCAGAGGUGGACUUGGAGAAGUGGGAUGAAAAGUGGCUUGGGAGGAAGUAUCUGAGGAGGUGGCAUCACACAGUGGUGCUUCGCCGGUGGCAGCGUAACAGGAGACUGCUUUGUCUGGCAAGGGGAUGGCACCAGUGGAAAGAAGCCAGCAGGGUGGUGAUGUUGGCUCAAGUAUUGGAUGAGCAGCGGCUGAUAGAAAAGGCCUGGAGAGUGUGGAGACGACGACAUCUGCAAAGCUGUGUGGUGCAGAACUUCCUGGAGGAGGAAGCCAGGAGCCUCCUAUCUCAGGCCUUUGGAAGGUGGCGCCAGCUAACAGCAUUCCAGCUCCAGGACAAAGGAGGCUGCUGAAUGGUGGGGCCUGCCUGCAGCUGCUGCUCACUUGAGGAGGACAUGUGGAGGAUACAGCUGGCUGUCACAACAAAGAGCUGCUUCUGCACAAGCAAGAAGCCAACGCUCUGUUCACGGGGUACAAGCAGCGCUGCAGGUCAGAAACAUGAUAGCCAAAGGACAACCAGGAAAAGAUGGUACCUCUGAAAGUUCCUUUUUAAAGGACUUAAUAUCCUUCCUCCCUAGAGGCACAAAUGGAGAAGUUAUUCCCCUUUGUUGUGAGGCUGCAUUCCCUUCUCCUCUGGACCCUGAUUUUGCUGGAGUUGAUUAAAGGUCAAAAACCACCUUA